UACCUCUGAAGAAGACUAAAAUCCCAGCAAGAUAAUGAGACAAUGAAAUUGAAGCCUUCCUCCUCAGCAACUUUCCCACCCUUUCUCCCACUCUUCUCGCUUAAAACCCCAUUAACCCGAAGAUGGCCACAAUCUCAUCCAUAUUCUCACCACCCAAUAUCCUUCACCACCCCACAAAACCCAUCGAAACCUCACCUAAACUGCCCCUCCAAAUCCUCAAACCAACCCAAUUUCAGGGCUUUCACAAACUCACUUCCUCCUAUCUGACUCUGACCCCCAGGCACUCACAGAGGCUCUUCGCUGUCGCCCAAGAAGUCGCGGCGGACCCGGCUUCGAAGGCUGCCAGGAGAGUCUACAUUGGUAACAUUCCCAGGACUCUGGAUAAUGCUGAGCUUACCAAAAUUGUUGAGGAACAUGGUGCUGUCGAAAAGGCUGAGGUGAUGUAUGAUAAGUACUCUGGAAGAAGUCGCCGAUUUGCAUUUGCUACGAUGAUGACUGUUGAAGAUGAUGCCGUGGUUGAGAAACUGAAUGGAACUGAGAUCGGAGGACGUGAAGUCAAAGUAAACAUAACUGAAAAACCCCUGCUACAAGCGGACACAUCACUUGUUCAGGCAGAAGAGUCUCAAUUCAUUGACAGCCCCCACAAAGUUUAUGUUGGAAAUCUUGCAAAGGAAGUAACCACGGAUACACUCAAAACCCUUUUCUUUGACAGGGGAAAAGUUCUUAGUGCAAAAGUUUCUCGGGUUCCAGGGACCUCAAAAUCUAGCGGAUUUGGGUUUGUUUCUUUUUCCUCGGAGGAGGAUGUAGAAGCUGCAAUCUCAUCUUUCAACAAUACUUUGUUCGAAGGGCAAAGAAUUCGUGUGAACAAGGCAUAGUAGAGCUGGCAGAAGGGAGUUUGCACUUGUAUCUAUUGUAUCAGAAACUAGGGUAGGCCCAUAUGAUUAUGAGUGAAACCAAAAAUCGAAGUCAUUUUUGUAGUUUCUUAUGGUUUCAAUCUUAAUGACAUUGUCACGACCUUGAGGUUUUCUGGUCAUUCCUGGUAGAAGCUGAUUGGAUUGAAAGUUAUCAAUGUAUGAUAUGGCAUAAUUAGUGCGUCCUGAUUUUAUUGUGGCU